AUGUUGUCUACCUCGACCUUGUUAUCGCAUCCAUUAGUGAUCGGUUUCGUUGUUGCAGCUGCGGGUGUCACGCUUUUCUCCGUCGCGAAUAGCUAUGCAACUGAUUCGGAUUCAGGUGAUGUUCUAGACACUGAACCAGUGAAAAAAGCCAUCCCGUACCUUCCUGGUGGACACCCGUUACUAGGGCAUACACUACUCAUGGCUCGCAACCUUGACCGAUUCCAAGAUUGGUUAGUUGAGACUAGUAUCGCUCGCAAUGGCAAACCGUUCGUGUUACGUCAACCGGGUAAGAACGACUGGUUCUUCUCAGCCAGACCAGAGGAUUUCGAGCAAAUUCUAAGAGUCCACUUUGACACGUUUAUUAAAGGAUUACAAGUGCGAGAACUGCUCGACGAUUUCAUGGGUGAGAACAUUGUCAUUAUCAAUGGAGAUCGCUGGAAAUUUCAACGCAAAGCACUUGUGAAUCUCUUUACUUCUCGAGCAUUGCGUGACCACAUGACACCUGUUGUUCAAAAGCGUGCAUUGACAUUACAACGGGUUUUUGCCAAGGCAGCAAAUGAACACCAUGUCAUUGAUGUGCAUCAUAUCAUGGGCCGAUUCACGCUUGAAACUUUUGCCGAGAUUGAGUUUGGAGUCCAGUUAGAACUGUUGGAAUCCGGUGCCGAUCAUGCGUUUGAAACAGCAAUUGAUGAUGCAAAUCACAUCUCACUCGAAAGGUUUGCAGUGCCUAUGUGGAUGUGGAAACUCAAGCGUUGGCUCAAUAUCGGAUCCGAACGUCGACUUCGUGAAGAUAUGGAAGUGAUCUCUACUUUCGUAAUGAAUUGUAUCUACGGAGCCAUUGAACGUCGCAAAGAGCGAUUGAAAGCUGUAGCUCGAGGAGAACCACUGAAACCUGUAGCCAAAAAUAUUGUUUCCAUUUUGUUGGACAGUGAAGACACGAGUGGUGAGCCUGUAUUACCCAAGGACGUGUUUAACAUCUCUCUUGCUGGUGUUUUGGCUGGGAAGGACACUACAGGUGAUGCACUAAGCUGGCUCAUGCACUUACUACAUGAGAAUCCCAGAGUCGAGAACCGACUUAGAACCGAGCUACUUGCUAAGAUUCCUAAACUGGCCGUCGACGAGAGUUAUGUGCCAACAAUGGAAGAGCUUGAGGCUAUCGCUUACUUGGAGGCCACGAUUCGUGAGAGUCUGCGUCUCAAACCACCUGCUCCUUGCGUCACGCAGCACUGUACGCAAGACACAGUGUUCCCUGAUGGUACGUUCAUUGCUAAGGGUAUGGACACGACGCUGCUGUAUCAUGCGUCGGGAUUAUUGCCGAGCGUAUGGGGUCCAGACGCCAGCGAGUUCAACCCCGACCGAUUUCUGGACGAGAACGACAAGCUCAUCGUACUACCACCACAUAAAUUUAUUGCCUUCAGUGCUGGGCCACGCAAAUGCAUUGGUCGCAAGCUGGCAAUGAUUGAGAUGAAGAUUGUGACGGCAUGUCUUGUCAGCCGUUAUCACCUGGCAGAAGUGCCAGGACAAGACAUUUGCGGUACUAUGGGGAUCAGUCUCGGCAUGAAGUAUGGUAUGAAGGUGACCGUCCAAGCUACACCUGGUGUUGCCAUUCGUGCAUAA